CAGAAGAUCGACCGACAGACGACAACGCCCUUCCUCCUGCGCCUAUACUACCGGUCCAAUGGCUUCCACUCGCCCAACGAGUUCUCGACUGUGCCGCCGCCCUCGUCGUUGCAGCAGUCGAGUCUGCAGAUCUACACCUGGCCCUCGUGCACCCUGGCAGAAUUGACCUCUCUUCUCACUACCGCCCUGCCGAGUUUACUUCCCUCACCGUCCGUUGGCACUCGUAUUGGCUACCGCCUAGUCUUCCCCGAUACCCGCAGUGUUCCUCCCUCAGGCGCCUCAGACGCGCCAGGACGAUGGUUAUCAAAAGAGCUCGGUAGUGUCAUUCUCGGACAAGGUGACGACUAUGAUCAAGAGAGUGACCCCGCUGCUCUUGGACGCGUCCAUGGCGACGCCCAAAAGACGCUGGCAGACGCCCGCUUCGUCAUUGGCGACUACAUUUCGUGCGCCGUCUUCCCUCCCUUGGCCGAUGGCUCCGUCGCUCCUCUGCCUCCUGCUACGUCUGCCAUCAGAGGUACCUCUGGUCGAGCCGGUCCACCGCCGCGUGGCAACAACGGCCGUCCACUUGCAUCCGAGAGAGGUCAAUUUCCCGGAGAUCGAGCCUUUGGCCAACAACGUGUUCCUCACGGCGAGUGGAGACGCGGCGAGAGGGUCCCCGAAUACGCUCGCUCGGGUAGAGGUGGAGGCGGCGCCGAGCGUGAACGCGGCGGAGGA